UCGCGUGGCUCGCCUACACGGGUCGCGAGGGAACAUGUUUGCGCGAGGGACGGGCCGUGGGAAGAAGCGCGAAGGACUGCCUGACGACAGCCAAGUGACUAGAAAAGGUCGGAGGCAUGUCCCGAAGGCGAAGAGGCUGCGGUCGGACGAUGCGUCGACAAGGGUCCCUCUUGGAGGAGCGCAAGGUUGGGCGGCAGAAGCGGGGGGCGACUACGACGACGACUUCGCGACUGACAAAGAUCAGGCACAUGCGACUGCGUCUGGAGUUCGGGAGACUGGAGGGCAACGACAAUCUGAUCACAACGCUUCGAAAAGGCUGAUGACCACUCCACCCGAGACGAAGCAAGUGCGCACCCGCGACAGGCGGACUGACGACGCUGACGUCGACAAUGUUGGUGACGACGAUGACGAGCCCUUGGAAAGACGCCGCCUGCGCAGUCGCACAACAGCCACCCCGCCGCCGGCGGCUUCAGGCCACACUCUCGCUGGAGAAACGACAGUCACGGGUAGGCUGCCCACCACCACGGCUGCGCCACGUCCUCGCAACACGGCUGCUGAAGGAGGGUCCGUCCAACGGGGUGGCGGUGGGGUAGUCGCGGCGCACGCGGGCGCAGUUGGGGUUGAGGCGGCAGGUGCCGCGGGCGCAGUUGCGGGUGUUUCAGGCAGUGCGCCCCCAGUUGCGGCGGCGAGAGAGGAGGGAGCAAUUGUGGCGAUGGCGAGGGACGACGCGCAUGGAGAGAAGAGGAGUGAUCGGGAGGGCGGCGAAGCUGGUUCGAACAGGCCGCGUAGGGGAGUGUUGACAAAUGACCUCGUAGACCGUGCCGUCCUUUGGGUCGACGACAAACCUUUCUGGACGACGGGGGAGGGGCGAAGACUCUACAACAUCGUACACGAGACAAGAGAGUACUUCGUCGCCAUCGCCAGAGGACUUCCACCGCCUGCGAUCCCUCGAAGCGUUGUGAUGCCCAAAUCCAGCACGCGGAUAGCCAGAAUCGCCGACCCGUCGCAACUGCAACAAGCGACCUCCUGUGCGUCGGCAGUGGAGAACAUCGCUCUCCGCGUAUUGCACGGCUGGGUUUUCAAGUCCAGGAACCGCCCGAGGGGUUACAAUCUUGCUUUCCAGUACGCGCUGGAGUCCGUGGCGGCGGACAUAGCGCGAGCUAUGUGGUACGGUGAGGAGUGGUGCAACGUCGUCAGCCCUGCGGUUUGCGCACACACAAUAGAUCUCUCCAUGGACUUGCCGCUGUGGUUCGCGGGCAUGAACGUCGAGAACAGACCGGACGAUGAUGACAUGGCGGCGUACCAGGAGUCCACCAUCAUCUGCGUCGCGCAUGCGUUCCUGGCGGUGGUGCAAAUGGGGGCAGUCAUCGACGGCGAGUUCAUCUCGCACGAUCGUCUUUGUCGAGUGGCUGACUGCUUUAGACUGUUGUUGGCGGCGUGCAUGUGGAUAAUGCGCAUGGCGGGAGACGAUCCGCGCAGCCACUUUGAAGCUUUCUACUUCGCGACGCUGGUGUCGAGGCCCACACUCGUGGCGUCCAUGCAUCGAUCGUUCAACCAUCGUCGAUCUGUUGGCCUCGCCGUGAAAGCCGUCACGGAAAGGCUCGGGAAGGCAAACGCCACGUUUGGAGAGCACCCUGACUACCUUCCUCGAUGGGUAGACCGCGGCAUUGUGUUCAGACACGGCGCAAGGAUUGACGGGCCGGAGGGAGCUAAGAAGCUCGAUUGGUUGGGUUCGGGGCCCGCCGAUGAUGACAACGACGACGACGACAAGGGUGACGCGUAGAGGAGGGGGAGGUGGGCGGUACGACUGGGCGGGUGAGUGGAUGUGUAGUGUGCAGGUCGUCGUAGUCGACGACGGGUACGUUAAAGACACUCGUGUGUUUUGUGUUUAUCAUCCGAGUUGGAUCGAUAAGCAAAUCGUAAGCGCUUUCAGCGC